AUGGACAGCCAAGAAUCAUAUCCGGGCUCAGGUGUCGCCGCGAAGUGCGGGACUGACGACAUCUCUCAGACUGCACAAGAGCACACAUUGUUUGCAGACGUGCUCAACUCGCCAUGCAGCACUGGUAUCACGGCUGUCGUGGAAGCCAUCCCUGUGUCACAAGGCCAGACAGAAGGCGCCACGAACGUACGAUUGCACGAGCUGCCUUCACAAUCACGAGAAGCUGAACCCCGACAGAUUGCUGAUCAGCACCGCUAUGAAGAAGAUGCUGUCACGGUUCCGCAUCACAGGAAGUCGAAGCGAAGCAAGAGAGUGUCGCUUCUUACCUCCAUUGACCCCAAGAACAUCAUUGAUGCAACGAACGACCACGACGAAUAUGCGGCAAAAGAUACACCGCCGAUCUCUUCCAUUCCACCUCCAUCCUACUCCCUUCGCAACCGUAAAGCAACGCGGGGCAAGCUCAUUUACGACGUAAAAUACCACCCUAUGGACGAUAGUAUCAGACCUUCGCUAGCUGCAAAGCGCCGCUCACUUCAUGGAGAACCCAAGACAUUCUCAGCUGAGUCAUCGGAAGCGUCUUUGGCGCACGAUGAGUCCAAUAAAGAUGAAUUUGAUGCUGGAGAGCGGGCAGGGCCGACAAAGAAAGGCGCGAAGCGCAAAAGGUGCUGUUCCCAAGAGGCGCAACCCACACGACGCUCAUCACGCAAGAGCGUGAAUUCUGGAAUAUCGUACAACAUGAGCGUUCAUCCACAGGACCGUGAUCUCGAAGUAUCGAGCAGCGAUGAUAGCGAUUGCGAGAUGGACAUUCCCAAAUCAAAACGAUGUGUGUUGGCGCGCUCAGUGGAAGACGGCCUCGCACCAAUUCCGGACGAUCAUACAUGCGAAACAGCAUCUGGUAUCAUCGCGAUAGAGAGGGACCAACCUGAGAGCAAUUACGCUGAUAGCAGUGAGCGAGCUGAAGACCCAGACAUCGCAGGAGAAAGGAGUAAAGAGGAUCUGGAUGUGUGGAUGAUGAAGCCUGGCGAGCGAUACUUCCGCCACGACCGAGAUUCCUGGCCUGAUGUACAAGGGCUGCCGUUCAAAAUAUAUACUGAGUCUCUCGAAGCACAGCUUGCAGCAGAAGCAAAGGCAGCUUCACCAUUCAACUUCGAUCAUGACGACAAAGAAAAUGAUACGGGCAACGGUAGGUCUGAGGCAACGCCUGGCCCAAUUCAAAGAAUCUCAGCUGUGCCGCUAUCGCAAUACAGAAGUACUAGCGAGGACCAAGUCGUCAGCGAAGCUUUCUAUAGUUUGGAGCCAAACGUGUCAAUGCUGUAUGGUCUGGGUGGUGUCGACGGUUCCUCCGACCGCAGCAUAAGGGCAGCUUCGAUGUCAGAGGCUAUGAGCAUCCUCGCUUCUGGAGAUGGGCUGCGUCGCGAGGAAGGCAGAGUGCAUGCGGAGCUUACUGAUGCCGCUCUGAGCCUUCAAGUAAGCACCCCCAGCGACGUGGAUUCUGUGCUCGGGCGCCCGUCAAGCACACCGGACAAGGCCCACUCGUCUUCAGGGUGA